AUGACCCAGAGAACACGAUUUGUGUGCCUCUCAGAUACACAUGCCUAUACACCAUCCGAGGCAGGCUUCAAACUGCCCGCCGGCGACGUCUUGAUCCAUGCCGGGGAUUUGACCAACCACGGGAGCAAAUCCGAGCUUCGCAAAACGAUGAACUGGAUUGCAGCGGCCGACUUCGAAGUCAAAAUCGUCAUUUGUGGGAAUCACGACAUCACUUUAGACGCGGCCUUCUAUGCCGAGCACGGGUCAAAAUUCCACGGUCAGCAUCCAGAAGAUCACCAGGAAUGCAUGGAAAUCGUGACCACGGCAUCGCCAUCGAUCGUGCUUCUCAGGCAUCAGUCAGCACUAAUCCGCUUGACCCGGCCUAACGGUCCAAACACUGUGUUCAAGGUCUUUGGUUCACCCUUCUCCCAAUCCCCCGGAACCUGGGCCUAUGGAUACGAAUCCGCUCAUGCGGCUGCACUCUGGGAUCAAAUCCCAUUGGAUGCGGAUCUUGUCGUCACCCACACGCCGCCUCAUUCCCUUUGCGACAGCCGAGCAGUGGGCGCGGUUGGGUGCAAGGCCCUGCGUCAGGCGUUAAGUAGGGUCCGACCGUUGCUCGCGGUGUGCGGCCAUGUCCAUGAGUCGCGAGGCUUCGAGCGAGUACGAUGGUCGCAGAGUUCAGCGUCGUCAUCCAUCUCGUCGAAUGCGAGGCCCGAAGCGAGCGAUAACCAAGACCAAGUAGUUAAAGGGGAGUUGCCUGUUCCAGGAAGUAAAAAACAAAGCCUUGUCGAUCUGACGGGUAGGAAGGCACAGCGCCUCGACAAUCAUGGCUGUGCGAUGGUUAAGGCUAAGAUGCCAUCGUCUCAAGACACCUUGUACCCCUCAUGCCCUAUGGACGAUCAGCCACUCCCACGGCCUCGCGCCCCCGGGCAAAAACAACAUUCGCCGUCAUCGUGUCCGCAGUCCGCCAAGCAGACGACACCCCGACCGCUACGACGCGAAACGUGCAUCGUCAACGCGGCGAUCCUGGCAACCAGCUGGCCACACCGCGGAGGGAAACGCUUCCACGCCCCGAUCGUGGUCGACCUGGAGUUGCCGACUUGGACGAAACCACCAGGACCUGCGCCACUGCAGAAGUCUGGUCCGGGGGAAGUGUGA